AUGGCGUCCAAUCCGAUACCUAGUUCCCAAGAGACUCCUAAGGCUGCGGGUCAAACUGCUGCCGCAACGCUACGACAACAGCUCAGACAGACAGGAAAGAUAGUCAUGGCCCCUGGUGUAUAUGAUGGUCUUAGUGCGCGACUUGCAUUGAACGAAGAUUUCAACUGCCUCUACAUGACAGGCGCCGGCACAGCAGCAAGUAGGCUUGGAAUGCCAGAUCUAGGUUGCGCGACUAUGGACGACAUGUUAGCUAAUGCUAGCAUGAUCGCCUCUCUUGAUCCACGAAUUCCGCUCAUUGCUGACGCCGAUACUGGCUACGGAGGGCCCUUGAUGGUGGCUAGAACUGUGCGAGGGUAUAUCAGGGCAGGGAUCGCCGGCCUACAUAUUGAGGAUCAAGUGGUGACCAAAAGAUGUGGCCAUCUUGCCAAUAAGGAAUUAGUGGAUGAGACAGUCUUCCUGAGCCGUAUUCGAGCGGCGGUCAUGGCUCGUGAGGAGCUGCGGGCGUUGUCUGAAGGUGUGCAAGACAUUGUCAUCAUCGCACGAACUGACUCCCUUGAAUCUCUGGGAUACGAGGCAGCUAUUGCGCGACUCCAAAAAGCGAUUGACAUCGGCGCCGACGUUGCGUUUCUCGAAGGUAUGACCACAAGGGACCAGUGCCGUAAUGUGUGUCGAGAUCUUGCUCCGACCCCAGUGCUGCUCAACAUGGUUGUUGGGGGAAUAACUCCUUACCUGUCAGCCAAAGAAGCCAAUGACCUGGGCUUCAGAAUCAUCAUUUUUCCAGCUGCAGCACUCGGACCUGUCUUUGAACAUGUGGCCCAAGCAAUGAAGAACUUAAAGAGCGGUGCGAUACAGAAGCCUCCAGGCAACAGAGGGGUCCGCGAACACUUCAUGCUUUUAGGUCUGAAGGAGUGUAUGGAUUUUGACGCCGCAGCAGGAGGAGUUUCGUUUACUCGUGGUGCAUAG